AUGCGCGCGAACGAACGACGCUGGGGCGGGCCUUUUUCGCGGCACGCCCGGGGCCUGGGGGCGGCUGGGCCCCAGCUCCUGAGACUGACGCAUUCUUUGCUUUCUCUUGCGUGGAAAAAUAAAAACCGAGCGUUCAAUAAACAAAGGCAAUUCAUGGGGGUAGUGGGCGGCGAUCGCCGCAUACCGUCCUAUGGCGGCGAGUAUCGCUACGCCAGAGAGGACAAGGACGUCGACGUGCGGCUGCUGCUGUUCGAGUCGUUCGGUGGGUUCGGGAAGGGGGUCGGCGAGAUCCUCUGGGGGGCGGCGAACUUGCUGCAGAACAAGCUGACGCGGGCCCAGUACCUCGAUGAGGUGACUUGGACCACCAAGAGCUGGCUGGGGCUGCAGAAGCAGCGCAUCUCAUGCCUCGCCGUCCUCGCAGGAGUCGCUUAG